AUGACUCGCUCCAGCACGCUGAACCGUCGUUUAAAGAACUUAGUGAUAAUCUGUAGCACUUUAAUAUUGAUUCUCAGCGUAGCACUUGUGUAUCGGGCUUUCACUUCACAAGUUUUCAUGCGUCCUCAUCGCCGUUCACUGUCGUCUAAUGAAGAUAAAAAAUCACAUAAACUACAUCCAAAACGGCCAAUUUCUUAUAGUGCUACAACCUUACAAGAUUUUAAGAAUGAUCUGAUGUUUGCUGAUUUAAUUCCGACGAAGUCUAAAAAGUUCAAAGAAAGCAUUUUCAUAAAAAGCGCUCAUAAAAAUAUAUUGUUAAAUUUCUUUGCGGACCUGCAUCCGACAAAUUGGGAAAAUGUAGCGGAGUCGGAUGACAUGGCUUUUGGGUUGAAAUAUCUUCUUAUAGAAUGUAACUUAGAAAGUAGGAUGAGUUGCAAGCAGAUUGACAGUUUAAGCAGGGAUGGUUAUGCAGAGAAGUCUCGGUCCAAGAUGGUGGAAUAUGUUCAUGAGAUGACGGAGCAGACAAGUGGUGUACACAAACAUAGAUAUGCUGUCAGAAGUUUGGUUAGAGAAAACAGCACAGCCUGUGCAGCACAAGUGAACAAUGCUGAUAAAUGUGCUACAAUGGAUGACUACAGGUUGCUGAAAGAAGUGUUGUUACUCACCACCCUGAGGCAUCCAGGAAUCAUCCACAUAAAGGGGUACUGCCUACGAGGCAAUCAAGUGUCAGACAAAUUGAGGGAGAAGGGAAUAAUCCUUGUAACAGAGAUUGGGAUCACUCUGACUGACGCAGUCUUAGAAAUGGCCUCUUGGUCCCAGAGAGUGUCUAUGGCGCUACAAGUGUCAAAACUGCUACUAUACUUAGACCGUACCAUCCUCGGAAGCUUGCGGUUUACCAAACUGAGCUUGAGCGACUUUGUAUUGGUCAGAGGGGCAUUGGUGAAGCUGGCCACUCUGGAUAACCUUGAACUUGGGAAUAUAUCAUGCACAGACAACUCUGAUUGUCAUCUUGUAGGUGCAAACAAGGGGCUCAGAUGCAGAAACAAAUAUUGUUCAGGUAUGAACUCUGCCAGCAACCUCCACAUGGCUACACAGAAGGUUCUCAAACUGCUACUGCAGAAGCCUCCAGGAUCAGCUGAAGUAGCCCUAGUGGAGAGGCUUGAUUCUUUCAAUAUCAGCACUAAAGAGCUGGUGGCGGAGUUGUUUAAUUUCUUCAGACACAAUCCACCUGAAGGUCCAGUCAUGUUUGAUUAUCCAGAAGAAACUGAUAAGAUGACAAACAGAGGGCACCAUCGCAUGGGACACCUCAGUAACCAAGAAUCUGAUUCAAGAAAG